AUGCCCCCCAGGAGAAACAAAACCAGCGUCGCCUGUACCAAUUGUUCGAAGGCCCAUGUUACUUGUGAGGCUCACAGACCUUGUAGCCGUUGUGUGAAAAAGGGCAUUGAACAAACAUGUGUGGAUAAACCGAGAAAACGAAAAAAGUAUUUAGCAGAUGUGCCCGUGGAACACCUUCAGGGCAAUUCGGGUCAGUCAAACUCUUUCCCAGAUCAAUUGCCUUAUAAGACUGGAGGAGGGGCAGCGCUAGGUAAGCCGCGCUUUUUGUCCAGCGCAGCGGAUUUAGAAUAUUCGAUUCUUUCUGACAUCACCCAACAGGAUCCUUUAAUCAAUAAAAUACCAUUGGAUCUGCUGUAUUCGAACAAUGAUGCAACUGCGGCGAAGGAGGACCGACUCUCGCCCUCGAACUCCCAUUCCACCGCCAGUGCUUCUGCCAUGUUGGACCCCACGGCUACACCUCUGGGCUACGGCACUGUUGUUGCCCCCAGUGUAACCUCUUCUGUCAACUCAAGUACCACAAUACUGGCCCAGAAAUCCAAAUUCGCAACACUUUUGGGCACCCGCGGCCGUGAAGCGCUGCAGUUGGACGUUGACAUUUUUACAAGCCAUUUCCCGCUUGUGCCUCAGGAGAUAGGGUCACCGGAAAUGACAUUGACCCCUACCAGCAUUGAUGCCAACGUUCGGCAGUACCAUUUGAAUCAUAGGCAUCCUCUUUCUCAUACCCUUGAACGGAUCGUCAGCGCAGACAACAAGAUAGUCUCCUUAGCGCUUGAUGUAACGUCUCAAGACCAGCGCGCAGUUCAAAACUUUCCAGACAUUACACACACACUCCGAUAUGGUACACCCAUGGAGAUAUAUACCUUGAUUUCAACACCAUUCUCUCACACACCAGGGUUCCACUCGUUAUUGCAGUACCUUAGAUCACGCUUUGAUCGAGCUGAUAUUGUGGAAAUGUGUCGGUCUCUUGCCGAAUUUCGUCCCAUUUUUAUCGCCAUUGCAGUGACACUCACGGAGGAGGAUAUGAUAUUCAUGGAGCAGUGCUAUCAAAGAACAUUACUAGAGUAUGACCAGUUCAUAUCCCAAAUUGGUACGCCGACUUGUAUUUGGAGGCGGAACGGCCAAGUUUCAUACGUGAAUGAUGAAUUCUCACUAUUGACUGGAUGGACUCGACCGGAUUUACUGUUCAAGAUGACGUUUAUUGUGGAAUUGAUGGACGACGAAAGCGUGCGAGAGUAUUUUAAGACGUUCAACCGCGUGGCAUAUCAGGAUUUUAACGGCAGCGAGAGAAUGAAGACGUGUAAAUUACUCACUCCGAUUCGAGGCCGUGAAAUCGAGUGCUGCUGUAUAUGGACGUUGAAGAGAGACGUGUUUGGCUUGCCCUCGAUGAUCAUCGGCAAUUUCAUGCCAAUCUUGGACGGCCUGCAAUAG